UCAGAAUCGUAGGUUCUACUAAACAAUCAUGUCGAAGUUACUUUUACUACUCGCGUGUUUAGUGACACUGGCAGCUUCCAAGUCUUCUAUUUACUUUGAUAUAGAAGACGCUGUGGAACAUUUCGAGAACUUCAUAAGAGAACACGGUAAAGAAUAUUCUAGCGAAGAGGAGAAGGCAAAAAGAUUCGAAAUAUUUGUAGAAAACUUGCACAGAGCUAACGAACUCAAUCAACAGAGUGAGCACACUGAAUUCGGAAUAACACAAUUCUCGGAUUUGACUCAAGAUGAAUUUAUAGAUUUCGCAACUGGUUUGCCUUCAAACUUGAAUGUUACCGCAAACUCAUGCCGAAGGAUCACCGAUGCGCAAGUGCCAAACGUCCAGGUUCCUGAAUCUCAUGACUGGCGAGAGCACAACAUCGUCUCACGGGUUAAGUUUCAGGGAAAAUGUGGAGCUUGUUAUACUUUUAGUUCUACUGGAAAUAUCGAGAGUCAAUACGCAAAGAAGCAUGGGUCAAUGGUGGAAUUGUCUGAACAACAAAUUCUUGACUGUGAUAGGGGGUCUCAUGGUUGUAGGGGUGGAUUCAUGACAUCAGCUUUUAGUUCUAUUAUCCAGAUGGGUGGUAUUGAAUCGGAAUCCAGCUAUCCAUAUGUGGGUCGGCAACAAUACUGCCGUUUCAAUCCUCGACGGGCUGUAGUUAGACUAGCUGGUUGCUAUCAGUAUAACCUUAGAUCACAAGAGAAAUUGAAGCAAAUACUCUACUCACAAGGGCCUAUAUCUGUUGGUGUCAAGGCUUCGAACUUCAAUGCGUAUAAAGGCGGUGUGAUGAGAGAUGAGAUGUGCAAUGCUGGAGACGUUAAUCAUGCUAUCUUAUUAGUGGGGUAUGGAGUCGAGAAUGGUAUGCCAUAUUGGUUGGCCAAGAAUUCAUGGGGAGAAAGGUUUGGUGAGCAAGGCUACAUCAAGUUCCAGCGUGGAGAUGGCCACGACUCUUGUGGACUAAUGAAUGGCUUAAUGGCUUCAGCCGUGGUCCAAUAAAUAUCUAUGAGUGAAGAUUUAUGCUCAAACCGCGUAUUGUUUUCUGUGUCAUCAUGUAAUAAAAUUAUUUCCUUAUGUAACUUCCUAGUGUAACUGGCUAUGUAUAAUUUUCUCGGAGUCAAUCUAUGGUGUCAGUCAAAUAUUGGAAAGAUUUUUUUUAAAUAGAGUCUACAGAGUUUCUUGCCGGUUCUUCUCCAUAAGAAGCACCUAUCUAUUGACGUUCCAUAAGGACCUAUGGUACAUAUGAAAUAAAAACCUUUGAAUUUGA